AUGGAGGGCCUUUUCACUCUGCUCGCCCUGGGCAUUGUGAUGGCCGUGACGUCCUUCGUCGUCGGCUCUCUCCCUCUUGCCUUCACCCUUUCCCCGUCUCAGCUGCGCCUCAUCUCCUCCAUUGGGAUGGGUGUGUUGGUGGGGACAUCCUUGAUCGUCAUCAUCCCCGAGGGCGUCGAGACGCUUUACAACGCACGCUCCGUCAGCCAGAAGUCCAUCAGCACUCGCUCAGCCCCCGUCCAAUGGAUGCACCGGGCCAUCCCGCAUGUCGCAGAUACACCCGCCGUGAACGGGCGACAAUUGAUCCCAGGUUUCUCCCUGGAUGACCACAUCGAGCAGCCGGCCGUUAUCGUCGGUGAACCUCAAAUACACGCGCGGGCAGAUGAGUCGAGCGAAAAGUCUACGACAGAGACAUCGAGCGACCACCACGAGGACGAGAGCUCGCCUCAUGCCUGGAUCGGCAUCGCCCUCAUCAGCGGCUUCAUUCUGAUGUACUUGAUCGAUAAACUUCCCGAGUUCGCAUCGCCAACCAAAACCGAGCGACCGCGGUACCAUAUUUCGCUGGAUAACCUGGGCUCGGGACUGCGGCGAAACUCGUCUCCUUCUCGCGACGGAGGAGGUCUGCUGGACCAAGGCUCCUCGAGCUCCAGGCGCGGCCACAGCUUUGCAACGACUACCGGCCUGGUGAUCCAUGCCGCUGCGGAUGGGAUUGCGCUGGGCGCAUCUACCUCCGACACCGGCCUGAGCUUCAUCAUCUUCUUGGCGAUCAUGGUGCACAAGGCUCCGGCGUCUUUUGGAUUGACGUCGAUCCUGCUCAAACAAGGGCUGUCGAGUCGGACUGCGCGAGCGCAUUUGUUGGUCUUCAGUCUGGCGGCUCCUAUUGGCGCUCUGGCGACCUUUCUUUUUGUGCAGGCCGUGGGCUCCUCCAGCGGCGACGAGGCUGGCUCUCAGUGGCGGACUGGAAUGCUCCUGCUGUUUUCUGGUGGCACCUUUUUAUAUGUGGCGAUGCACACGAUGCAGGAGAAUGGGCCCGGCUCCCAGCCGCGCGAGUUACCUGUCAACGGAUAUGGCGACACCCGCGAUGCCCAGCAUGGGUCGGACAAGUCCAUGCGAGACCUGAUCGGCUCCGUGCUGGGCAUGAUCCUGCCGCUGUUCCUGCAGAUCGGACAUGCCCAUUAA